CUUUAAAUAGAGGUACCCAAAGACUAUUAUCUAAAUCUUAGAGUAAGGCUCUUUUCCAAAAUAUUACAUAAAUACAUGUAUUAUUGAAAAGUAUAAUAAUUAAAAAAAAAACGGAAGCAGAAAAAAAAGAAAAAGAAAAGUUACGUUACUGAUGACUAACGCCGCCGCUGCGGCGGUGGUCACACCGUUGAUCCCGUCGGAUAAGAACGUUUGGAAGAAGAAGUCUUUUGCUGAGGUUCUCUCUGGUAGCAGUGAGCAGCCUUUCUUAGCAAAAACGCAUCACCGUCAUAAAGGUUUACUUGUUGUUCAAUUCCCGGACUAUGAAGCUCGGACGCUCGAAGAACGUCACAAGCGUUCUUUGGUAGGGUAUUUUUUCAAAGGAAGGCCUAAUCUUUCAGUCAUUCGAAAAUCCUUUGAAGUUAUAGGUUUUGCUGGAGUCUUUCAAUUAGGUGUGAUUGAUCCUAAGCAUGUUUUAAUUCGAUUUGAUUCGGAUGAAGAUUUUAUUAGAUGUUGGGAUCGACAGUCUUGGUCCAUCCAUGGACAUUUGAUGAGGGUUACGAAGUGGACACCGGCAUUCCAACCUAAUGUGGGAGCCACCGGUGGUUCCAGUUUGGAUCGGUUUUGAGGGACUGCCUAUUCAUCUCUUUGAUAGGAGGGCGCUUUUAUAUAUAUAGCAGGGUUAAUAGGGACGCCUCUAAAGAUAGAUGCAGCCACGGCCAAUCUAUCUCGCCCCUAUGUUGCAAGAGUUUUUGUGGAACUCGAUUUAACUGUUGACAAUCCUCAUAAAAUUUGGAUACAGUGUGGAUCCUAUAACUUUGCUCAACAGGUUACUUAUGAGGAUAAGCCAGACUAUUGCCAGUCUUGUCUCCAUUUGGGACAUUCUGGUUUUAAAUGUCCCAAAUGAGUGCCAAAUAAUAAUGCCCAGAAGAAAAGCAAUAAGUUUACAGUUUUAGAAAAGGAGAAAUGGAUUGCUAAACAACCCCAAUUAUUACAGAUUACUAAUGGAGAUACAACGAAAGAAACGGUGAAGGUUUCUGAUCCUUCUACAUCAAAGCAAAUGGUUCCUGAACACAACAGCAGGGAGAUUGAAACAGUGGACAUUCAAGAAGACUCAGAUACAGAGGAAGUAUACCAUGAUCCGGAACCUGAACCUGCACCUGCAAUUCCUAAUCAGAAUAAGAAUGGGGAGGCUAUACAUAAUAAAUCAAUGGAUCUGGCAGGGCUUACUAACCAUAUGUUAGAAAAAUAGUAUUAUAAAUGCGAGUUUAACCAGAUAAAAAUCCCGAGUUUAUACAAAUCACCAGACAAACCAACAAAUGCAAGAACAAAUAAUAAUAAUAAUAAUUAGAAUAAUAAAAAUGAAUAAAGAGAAAAGAUAAGAAAAACUUAUCGCAGGAUCGCCCGUUAGAACGGACUGGCCUUGAAGAAAGAUAGCCUCCGUAUCCCGAUAGCUAUUCGGACGGGUCUGGCUAGCUCACUCCCAGGAUAAUCCUACCACGUUUCAGACUUGUAGCUACCUCGACUGAAACCUUCGACCGUUGCCCGGUUUGCCGUUGAAUAGAAAGACUCAAAGAAUGAAACUACAGAGUAUUGAUGCUCUUGCUCACGCACAAGGUAAUGUACUGAUUUUCUUUAUAAACGAAAGCAAAGUUGCAGAAGAGAGAAAAUGUUCGGUGGGUUUCUUUCUUUCUUUUUGUGCGUGUUACGAGCAAAGUAAUAGAAAGGGAAUAUAUAUACUCUCUUGUUUUCCUUACGUGAGACUUGAAUGCAAAAGCAUGCAAAGAAUUGAAUUUUUCCUUUUGGAAUAAAGAAGUUGAUCAGGCAAGGAAAACAACGGAAAUCAGAUAUAAAUUCUCAAGUGUUUACGUGAUUGCAAGUUUGCAACCAUGUUGUCGACUUCUGUUUUUCCUUCACAUUUUUUUUGUCAUUAUUUG